AUGGCUGCCGAAGAAGAGGAAGAAGAGUUGCUCGAUUACGAAGAGGAAGACGUCGCUAAAGCGACCACCCUAACGGCAUCAAAAGAUGGCGAAAAGAAAGGGGAAAAGAAUAAGAAAAAAGGGUACGUUGGAAUGCAUUCCACCGGAUUCCGGGACUUCCUCUUAAAGCCGGAAUUGCUCCGAGCGAUCGUGGAUUGCGGUUUCGAACAUCCAUCCGAAGUACAACACGAGUGCAUCCCGCAAGCGAUUCUCGGGAUGGACGUCCUGUGCCAAGCAAAAUCCGGGAUGGGAAAAACCGCGGUAUUUGUGAUUACGGUGUUACAACAACUCGACCCGUCACCUGGGGAGGUUGGCGCGGUGAUUAUCUGUCACACGAGAGAACUCGCGUAUCAAAUCUCGCACGAGAUGACUCGGUUUAGCGCGCACAUGCCGAACGUGAAAUGCGCGGUAAUUUACGGUGGGGUGAAUAUUAAGACGCAAAGGGAGGAGUUAAAAGCGAACAUGCCGAACGUGAUCGUGGCGACGCCGGGGAGGUUGAAGGUGUUGGCGCAAGAAGGGACGAUCAGUUUGAAGAAGUGCGCGCAUUUCAUCUUGGACGAGUGCGAUAAGUGCUUGGAGAAGUUGGAUAUGAGGGCGGACGUGCAAGAGAUUUUUAAGUUGACGCCGCACGAUAAGCAAGUGAUGAUGUUUACCGCGACGUUGAGUAAAGAAUUGAGACCGGUGUGUAAGAAGUUUAUGAACGAUCCGAUGGAGAUUUUCGUGGACGACGAGACGAAAUUGACGUUGCACGGUUUGGUGCAACAUUACGUCAAGUUGGAAGAGCAAGAGAAGAAUAGAAAGUUGACCGAUUUGUUGGACGCGCUGCAGUUUAACCAGGUUGUUAUUUUUGUCAGCAGUGUGGCGAGGUGCACGGCGUUGGAUAAGUUGAUGCAGGAGUGCAACUUUCCGAGUAUCGCGAUUUCGAGAGCCAUGUCGCAAGAGGAACGCUUGUUGAGAUACCAAAGUUUUAAAGACGGGAAUAAGAGAAUUUUAGUGGCCACAGAUUUAGUCGCGCGAGGUAUCGAUAUCGAGCGCGUGAACAUUGUGAUUAACUACGACAUGCCCGGGGACGCGGAUACGUAUUUGCACAGAGUUGGCAGAGCCGGUCGAUUCGGGACGAAAGGUUUGGCGAUCAGCUUCGUCUCGAGCUCGGAAGAUUCCGACGUGUUGAGCAAAGUGCACGAGAGAUUUGAAGUCAGCAUCGACGGUCUGCCGGAUGAGAUUGACACGAGCUCGUACAUGCCGUCCUAA